AUGGCGACCACGCCUCUGCAGCGGGAGAAGGGAGACAAGGCGGCGUCGCCGGGCGUAGGGUAUCGGACGCCCGUGGUUAUGGAACCUAGGGUGGGGAGCGCACUCAAGGACGAGGCCAUCUGGAAGCGGCUCCGGGACGCUGGCUUCGACGAGAGGGUGAUCCAGAAGAGGGACAAGGCGGCCCUCAUCGCCUACAUAGGGAAACUGGAGUCUGAGGUGUUUACUUUAGUCUCUCUCUCUCUAUCUCUAUCUCUCUAUGGAUUUAUAUCUAUUUUUCUAUUCGUGUCCUGCAAGGAAAUAUCUCAUUUUAGGUUUCUUGCGCCUGCUUCUUGUAAUGAUUAUGUGGGGGAAAAUUUUAAGUCUAUUGCAAAGCAAGGUAUGACAUCGUUUUGUUUUUGAGUUUUCAUGGAGAUCAGGCACUGUGAGAAUGACGUUUUCUGCACGUCUCGAUAUUCGGUUUUUCGGUGUGAACUUGCAUCUUGUAUUCGUCAGCAGCUGUUCCAGAUAUUCUGCGCCGAAUUCUGGCGUACAACUUCCCCUAUCUUUCGUCUUUUUCCAUUUUUUAAAUCUUCGUCCCUACCUUCUAUUACCCUAAACUCAUGCACGCCGUGUAGUGUAUCUUGCAGGCGACGUAAUUCAUGGAUUUUUCUGUGAUGAUUUCGAAUUGGUUGUUUGUCUUGACGAUUGUUUGGAUACGACUGUUGCAAAGGUGUCCGUAGAUCACGUCUUUGGCAUUUUCAUUAUGUCUUUAGCUUCUUCAAGGAUCUUGUUCAACAUUUUUCUUCGGCAAUAUCAUCCAGAAGUAUAAUGCAGCGUUUUAUGCUUGAGAAUCAUAGAGAUUUCAUCUGUGUUUGUCGUUUAAUGCAGAUUUACGACUAUCAACAUCACAUGGGUCUUCUUAUACUGGAGAAAAAGCAGUGGAUAUCCAAAUAUGAGCAAGUUAAAGCCUCCGCUGAUUCAGCUGAAAUGGUCAAUAAACGAGAACUUGCUGCACAUUUAUCUGCUUUGUCUGAAUCCAAAAAGCAGGAGGAGAACCUUAAAAAGGCUAUAGGCAUUGAGAAGGAGAGUAUUGCAAGUGUAAGUACCCCAAUUGAAAAUUAAAUGUUGUUUUUGCACUGAUAUAGUAGACUUGUUCGCAUCCGUUCUCUUUUUUGACCUCCUAAAAAAUGAAGGAAAUUAUCACUUAGGAUGUGGGUAUAGUUUUUUUCCGUCGUUUGUGUUUGUCGUUUCUAUGUGAGUAUAUAGAAUUUUUCUCAAAUUAUCGUAGUUCCUUGCUUGUUAUCUUUAAGUUCACUUGAUUAUAUUCUUUCAUCUUCAGUAAAUACAUAAAAAAUCAUUUUUUAUAUGCAUAGAGAUACCCUAUGCUGUUUAUGUUUAAAAUGUGGGUUUGUCUAAAUUUUCUUAUAACCAUAGAUUGGUUCAGAAUAAUCUGUUUUCUGGAGAAUAUCAGUUGAGAAAGCCAAUAUGAAAGCCGGUCAUAGAAAGUGAUAAUCACUGAAGUCGGGAGAUUAUCAGUGAUGAUGUAUAUCCCUGAUUUUGUCCUACACGACGCUAUGACAUCCAUCAUGUUCAUAAAUUUCACCACUUCUGCAUGUAUUAUCGUCCGCUUUUUUUAUAUCUUUCAAAAAUUAUGCCAUUUGAAAUUUUCUUUCCAUAUGGCAUGCUGAGGCUUAACUUCUUGUCCCACGAGUGUGUUAAUAUCACUGCCAGAAUUAAAAGUUCAGAUAGGUGUCAUUAUGCAUCAAUAACUAUUCAGUUGUAUGUUUUAUUUUGUCUUCUGUAGCUCGAGAAAACAAUUCAUGAGAUUCGCGCACAGUCUGCCGAGGCAAAGGUUGCUGCUGAGAGUAAGCUCUCAGAGGCUCAUACAAUCAUGGAAAAUGCUCAGAAAAAGUUUGAUGAGGCUCAGAAGAAAUUGAGAGAUGCAGAAUCUUCAUGUUCAGAAGCUAGACGGUAUGAGAGAAUGGCUGCAAUAAAGUUACACGAAGUUGAAGCACGAGAAGAUGAACUUAGAAGGCGUCUUGUUCUUUUUAAUUCUCAGUACGUAAUUCUCCAUUCUGUUCAGAUUUUCCUUUUUGCAUGUUAUCUCUCUUUGUAUCUGUUUUCAUCUAUGACGUGAACUCUUUCUGCAGUCGAUGACUUAUGACACUUUUUUAUACCAUUUUAUUUUGUCCAUUUUAGUGAGAUGUUUGUGCAUUUGAAUUUCAAUAGUUGUCGGAACUCGGGUACAUACAGUUUCGUAUCCCCCAAGAAAUUUAAAAUAAAACAUACUGACUUCAUUUAGUGGGAUUGUUGUAUUUUGCAGAAGAAAAGUAAUUGUAUGACUUAGAUUACAAUGGGUAUCCUUUGAGAUGAGGUGUUUCUCUGACAUAUGCGAUGGUGUUCUUUUUUAUUGUUAAAUUUUUUUGGAUUGUCAUUCAUCUUUUGUAGCUUGUAUGUGUACUAGCCUACAAUUAACUUUGUAGUCCAAGCGUAAUCCUUUUGUAGUUAUGUUAUUGCUUGCACACUUCGGUUAUCUGAUCCUGAUUAUCUUUUUUUCAGAUGCGACUCAAGGGAAAAAGACAUUAGUCUCGAGAGACAAUCUUUAUAUGACUCCCAGAAGAUCAUGCAGGAAGAACAGGAAAAACUAUUGGAGAGACAAGCAUGUCUAAAUCAGAGGGAGGAACACGUAUUUGGAAGGUUAGAGGAACUUGCUCAGUUUGAGAAACAAUUGGAGAUAGCGAAACGAAAUCUUGAAGUAGAACAGACACUUUUGAAAGAAGAAAAAUCAAAUUUUGCUCUUGAUGUUCGAGCUCUUGCAACAAGAGAAGAGGUGUGGUAACAUCUGAAGUAUGUUUCUUCAUUGACAUAUGGGGCUAUUUUACUGAUCACUAACUUGCAUGCUGUACUAUUGAACACGUGCAGUCUGUCAUUGAGAGAGAGAGCCUGCUCGACAAGAAGCAGAAGGAGUUGCUUAUUUUGCAGGAAAAGCAUACUAUCAGAGAACAGGUGAGUUCAUGAGCCAUUGCAUGCUCUUUGAAAACAUUGGCUUGUUUCAGUUUUUGAUAUAUUCUUCUCUCUCUUAAUUCUUAUGAUAAAACUAUGUUGAGAAAAUCAAUUCCAGGAUGAAAUUCAAAGGCUCAAAACGGACAAUGAACGUCUACUGGAGCUAAGAAUGUCUGAGUUUGAAGCCAAACUGGAACAGCGGCGCAAGGAAGUUGAUGAGGAGAUAGAGAACAAGAGACUGGCUUGUAAACAGAGGGAGACUGAUUUAAGUCAGAGGACAGAGCUUAUUCAGGAAAGAGAGAAUGCUCUAGAACUCCAGUCGGCAGAACUGACUGAAAAGUAUAAAAUUUUUGAAGAAAAACUGAAACUUCUGGAGGAGAAGGAGCUAAGUUUAGCUGCCACUGAAAAAACAGCUGAGAAAAAGAUGUUAGACAUGGAAAAAGAAAAAGUGGAGAUUAAGAGUUUGACGUUGGAGCUUGAGAAAGUGAAAGAAUUAUUGGAAGCUGAAAAGAAUGAAGUUCUUCGGGAGAAAGAGAAACUUGAUCUAUCUGCCGUUGAAAGAAAUGACCUGUUUCUUAUGGAAAAAAGGCUCAAGGAAGAAAUCGAUAGUUUUAGAGCCCAACAGGCAGAACUUAUGGUGGAAGCAGAUAAGUUGAAAGAAGAAAAGGAAAAGUUUGAGCGUGAGUGGGAUCUGAUUGAUGAAAAAAGAGUAGAACUACAGAGGGAAGCUGAUAGAAUCGCCGAAGACAGAAAAUCCGUUUGCCAGUACCUGAAAAAUGAACAGGAGAGUUUAAAGGCAGAAAAGGAAGAUUUGCGCAAUCAGUUCAAAGGUUACUAUGAUUCCCUGUCCCAUGAACGGGAACAAUUCAUCAGCAACAUGGAGCGUGAACAUUCCGAAUGGUUUAGCAAGAUUCAAAAAGAGAGAGAAGAUUUGAUGGAAGACAUGAAGUUACAAAAGCAAGAGCUGGAAAAUUCUAUAAGGAAGAGGCGUGAUGAAGUUGAUGGUUAUUUAAGAGAGAAAGAAGAGGGAUUUGAACGAGAGAAGACCAAUGAACUACAGCAAAUAUACUUUCAAAAGGAAAGGAUCGCAAAGGAAUUGGAACAUCUUGCAACUGAAGUUAAAAAAUUUGAGGAUGAAAAGACGGCAAUUGCAUUGGAUCGUGAGCACAGGGAGAAAGAAUGGUCUGAGAUAAAAUGUUCCAUUGAUGUACUGAACUUGCAGCGGGAGAAGCUGCAGAGACAACGAGAACUACUGCAGACCGAUAGACAGGAGAUUUUCUCCCAGAUUCAGCAUCUAAGGAAAUUGGAGGAUCAAUGCAUUACUUCAGAGCAUAAAUCUCUCAGUGAUAGUGCAAAAAAUGACGCUCUUGUUAACUAUGCAAAUCUGCAGAGUGCAGAGAAAAAGAAUGCAGGUAACAGAGAAAAAAAAAGUUGGGCCAGUCAGAAACUUUCACCAGGAAAUGUUCCCCAUAAAGCAGUGGGCAGUAUAUCGCCUCCUAUGUCAAUGACUUUCUCGUGGGUGAGAAGAUGCGCUCGAAUUAUACUUGGGCGAUCCCCUGAAAAGGUUAUUGAUGCAAGCUCUGGGAAGGAUGUAGGGACUGGCGGCUCAAUUCAGCAUGGAGAAAAAAAAUCAAAUUUAAGGGAGGCUGAGGACUCUGAAAGUAGUGGGAGGUUUCAGGAUGCAGAUAAGUCACGUCCACUGAUUGAUGCAGACGUUGAGGAGAUUAUUCAAUAUCCCACAGAUGGUCUACAUUCUUCGACGAUGGGAAAGAAAAGACUAAACAGCUCGCCGCUUAGUGUUGAUGGAGAUGUGCAUCUAGAGCCAUUCCUGAAACGCCAGAAAGAAAGUAAUGAGCUCAACUUUGUCAACGAGUUUCCUGUGGCAGAGGUCACUUCCAAAAGGUAUAUACCUUUUUUUAAAUCUUAUUUGACCGACAAAUUAACUAUUUGUUUCUCAAAGGUUGUAUUUCUGUCGUUGCUGUUGUGGACAACAGUGGUUCAGUUGCUUUCGACCGAACCUCAGAAGGUAGCGAAAUGUGUGAGCCGUGCUUUGAGGAGGUGCCCGCCUACUUGAGGCAUGCCGAAGAAAUUGAGUCCUCUGGCUGUUGCCCAAAAGGUGAAGAGGCUUUGAUGGCUGAUAAUGUUGAAAGUGGAGUACACAAUGGUGACGACCCGUCGUCCAAUGGCCAACCGUUGUUGAAGCAACCGAAAGACAUGCUGAAAAGGGAUUCUUCAAGAUCUGCGGGGCCAUCAGAUGAGGUUUGUGCGACUUCUCUUUAA